AAAAAAUUCAACACGGAAGUUAAAAUCUGCUUCUGACUGUCAACCCGGACCAAGAAACGCUUCAGUUAUUCUCAGAGGCUGUUUGUAAUUGUGAAUCUCGUUGGUUUCUGCUGUAGUUGAGUGUGUAAGGCGAGCGCAGGGGACUGUGAGGAGGGUGAGUUCGGUUCGGGUGAUGUCCGGGGAUUAGCCGGGGAUGUCGGAGAGCUGCUGGCUGAAGGGUCGGAACUUAAACCCUACGUGUCACGAGCUGCGCGUGCAGCAACACAGGCAUGUUGGGUAAUAACACAGCUCGGCUGUCUCACAUCACGUGUGUGUAGGUGAACACAUCAGUAUUGUUAAUCCAGGCAGAUCUUGACAGAGUGAAAGAGAGCAGCAUGUUUCAGAAAACCUCUCUGACCACCAUCAUAGUGGGAGUCUUCAUCGUGUACGUGCUGCACACGUGCUGGGUGAUGUACGGCAUCGUGUACACAAAACCCUGUGAAAAACCCAGAGGUGACAACUGCGUCAGUCCUUAUCUUGCAGGAAAACCUCGCCUCCAGAUGAGCAUCUACACAGCUCUGCGCCCCAACGCUGAAGGAGGACACACACUCAUCCACAAGGAGGAGGAUUUUGAUGUGAACACCAGGUUUGAGAGGUUAAUAAACGUGUCCCUGCCGAAGAAGACACGGAAGAAUGGGACGCUAUACAGCAUGGUGUUUGUCCAUCAGGCGGGAGUGUCUCCGUGGCAGGACCCACGCCAAGUGCAUCUGGUCACACAGCUCACCACGUACAUGGUGCCCAAACCCCCGGAGGUCAGCCUGAUCACUGGACAGGAGCUGCCCCGGCAGCAGGAGAAGAGAGCGCCAGGGGCUGACGCAGAGGUGGACCGGCCCGUGUCUCAUUGGCGCUCCCGUCUCACAGUCAACAUCGUGGCUGAAAACUUCCUGUUCGACCGAGAGGCCAUACCAAGUGACGUGCAUCGCUAUAUGAGAGUAUAUCAGAGUGGGAAGAAGUUUGUGUACCUGCCUCUGCUGUUUAUCGAUGAGCUGAGUAACCGAGUGAAAGAUUUAGUGGAGAUCAACAGCAGCACCACUGAGCUGCCGCUCACUAUUUCAUACGACACCAUCACUCUGGGAAAGCUGCGCUUCUGGAUCCACAUGCAGGACGCUGUGUACUCGCUGCAGCAGUUCGGCUUCACUGAAAAGGAUGCAGAUGAAAUCAAGGGCAUAUUUGUGGACACCAAUCUCUACUUCCUCGCCUUGACCUUCUUUGUUGCUGCCUUUCAUCUCUUAUUUGACUUCCUGGCGUUUAAAAACGAUAUCAGCUUUUGGAAGCAGAAGAAGAGCAUGGUGGGAAUGUCCAGCAAAGCAGUGCUGUGGAGGUGUUUCAGCACGCUAGUGAUUUUCCUCUACCUGCUCGAUGAACAGACGAGCCUGCUGGUGCUCAUCCCUGCUGGAAUAGGAUCUCUGAUCGAGGUGUGGAAAGUGAAGAAAGCCUUCAAAAUCUACAUUUUCUGGAAGGGGCUUACUCCAACUUUCAUGUUCGGCAAAUCGGACGAAUCCGAGAGGAGGACGGAGGAAUAUGACAGUUUGGCGAUGAAAUAUCUGUCCUACCUCCUGUAUCCACUGUGUGUGGGCGGAGCCAUUUAUGCACUUGUAUUUGUGAAGUAUAAAAGUUGGUACUCCUGGCUGAUCAACAGUUUAGUCAAUGGAGUAUAUGCGUUUGGAUUCCUCUUCAUGCUACCUCAGCUCUUCGUGAACUACAAGUUAAAAUCGGUGGCUCAUCUGCCCUGGAAGGCCUUUAUGUACAAGGCGUUCAACACGUUUAUUGACGACGUCUUUGCGUUCAUAAUCACCAUGCCAACGUCUCAUCGGCUGGCCUGCUUCAGGGACGACGCUGUGUUUAUUAUUUACCUGUAUCAGAGAUGGCUGUAUCCCGUGGACAAGACCAGGGUGAACGAGUACGGCGUGUCUUAUGAUGAGGAAUCAAAGCAAAAACGCAAUUAAACUGACCACGGGAUCGAAUCAACCUGCAGGAGACGUCCACUCGGAAACCGUGACGAGGACAUGGACACAGGGUUCGGUUAACACAAUGGGUAAAUGGAUCUGCUGUCCCCUUUGGAGCUUGGUGUUUGUAUCCUGUUCUCCUCACAUGAAAAUGGACUAUUCCACUGGAUCAUUCAGUGAUUACUGAAUGAGCUGAAUUGAUGUUAUUGAGCUAACUGCGUCAGGUUUGGUGUUGAGCCUAAAAUAUCUGUGGUUUUGCUCAGGAUCGAGCAGAGUUAGCUCAUUAACACACACUUCAUCAAAUCGGAGCUUGUUAUUAAUGCGUACUGGACCUGCUUGUGACCCCAGUGUCACUAAUGAAAUUGGACCGUUUCUCUAAUGAUAAUGAGAGGAAAAUAAGCUCCACUGAAGGCAGAAGUAUGAUAUUUCAUGAAAGUGUUUAUAUAUAAAAAAAAAAAAAAGUCACUUCCGUGCCAAACGAACAGAAGGUUUGAUAGUUAGUUGAAAGUCCUGAUGGAGAUCGUGAUGUUUCUGUGUCCCGGGUGAGAAUGAUCUGUGUGUGAGUCUGUGUACUAUAUUCCACUAAAGUGUUUAAAGAGCCUCGAUUAGUCAUUUAUUCAUGAAGUCCAUGCAUUGGUUUAUGAGGAGGAGGAGGAGGAGGUUUCUACCUGCUUAGUUAGAAUUGCAACAAUUAGCAAUUUGUGGCACACGUUUGUUUAAAUUUGAAAGCUGAUUCUGAAAGGCAGUAAAUCAACGGGAUUGUUUUUCCCCUAAUCAUCAACAAAUCUGGUACUUACAUUCCUGAUGUUAUGGCUAUCGCAACGACGGUGACGCAUGAGGAAAAUACGCAUAUGCAAUGUAUGUUUUUAAUAUUGAUUUUUUUAAAUGUUAUUAAUUAAUGUUCUUAUGCUUCUUCGGCAAAAUAAAUGAAAUCCUCCACCAAA